GGCUCGGAAUGUGGCGCAUGAGUAUACGUUUCGGGAUGUAACGGCGGUCUCACGGAGUGCCGAUACCGAAUUCAAAUAUAUAUAUAUAUAUAUAAAUAUAUAUAUAUAUAUAUAUUUAUUUAUAUAAACAAGGGGGACGCAGAAGAUAGACAACCGAAGAAGAGCGUGCAUAAACUAAGGGAGUUUACGACGGCACGGCGCGGAGGGAGACACGGGAGCGCGGCAGGAGGGACGAACUAGAGAAUCCAGCCCGACACCGCACGCAGAAAUGGCGGAGCACCACGCAGCCAGCGACGGCAAGCACAAAGCGUCCACCAACGCCGGGGGAUCGGUGCACGGGAACAGCCGACCUGGCGCCGCGGGUGGCGGAGGGGGCAAAGUAGGCCUGUCUGGCGGACUGACACAGCCGGCGGGGUGGCAGUCUUUACUCUCCUUUAGCAUUCUCUUCCUGGCCUGCCUGGCCGGGUUCAGCUCCAGACUUUUCGCGGUGAUCCGGUUCGAGAGCAUCAUCCACGAGUUUGAUCCAUGGUUCAAUUACAGAUCGACACACCAUCUCACCACGAAUGGCUUCUACGAGUUCCUCAACUGGUUCGAUGAGAGGGCUUGGUACCCCUUGGGCAGGAUCGUUGGCGGCACGGUGUACCCGGGGUUAAUGGUGACUGCCGGCCUCAUCCACUACAUGCUCAACCUGCUGCACAUCACCGUCCACAUCCGCGACGUGUGUGUCUUUCUGGCGCCGGUGUUCAGCGGCCUGACAGCCAUCUCCACCUUCCUGCUGACGCGGGAGCUGUGGAACCAGGGCGCGGGGCUGCUGGCGGCCUGCUUCAUCGCCAUCGUCCCCGGCUACAUCUCCCGCUCCGUCGCCGGCUCCUUCGACAAUGAAGGCAUCGCCAUCUUCGCCCUGCAAUUCACCUACUACCUCUGGGUGAAGUCAGUGAAGACAGGCUCUGUGUUCUGGGCCAUUGGCUGUUGUCUCUCCUAUUUCUACAUGGUGUCAGCAUGGGGAGGUUAUGUGUUUAUCAUCAACCUGAUUCCUCUGCAUGUGUUUGUGCUGAUGCUGAUGCAACGCUACAGCAGAAGAGUCUACAUCGCUUACAGCACCUUCUACAUCGUGGGGCUCGUUCUGUCGAUGCAGAUCCCUUUUGUUGGCUUCCAGCCUAUCAGGACCAGCGAGCACAUGGCUGCUGCCGGUGUGUUUGCACUCCUCCAAGCCUAUGCCUUCCUGCAGUACCUGAAGGACCGGCUGACCAGACAGGAGUUCCAGACGCUUUUCCUCCUCGGAGUCUCUCUUGCUGCCGGCGUGGUCUUCCUCACCGUCAUCUAUCUCACUUACACAGGAUACAUUGCUCCGUGGAGUGGUCGUUUCUACUCUCUCUGGGACACCGGCUAUGCGAAGAUCCACAUCCCCAUCAUAGCGUCGGUGUCGGAGCACCAGCCGACCACGUGGGUCUCCUUCUUCUUCGACCUCCACAUCCUGGUCUGCACGUUCCCAGCAGGCCUCUGGUUCUGCAUCAAGAACAUCAAUGAUGAACGGGUGUUUGUGGCCUUGUAUGCCAUCAGCGCCGUCUAUUUCGCCGGCGUGAUGGUGCGCCUGAUGCUGACACUGACUCCGGUGGUGUGCAUGCUGUCUGCGGUGGCUUUCUCCAGCGUCUUCGAGCACUACAUGGGAGAUGACACGAAGAGGGAGAAACCACCCGCUGAAGACAGCAGCGACGAGGACGACAAGAGGAAUUCUGGGAAUCUUUAUGACAAGGCCGGAAAGGUGCGCAAACAUGUGUCAGAGCAGGAGAAGGCAGAGGAGGGUUUGGGUCCGAACAUCAAGUCCAUCGUCACCAUGCUGAUGCUGAUGCUGCUGAUGAUGUUCGCCGUCCACUGCACAUGGGUCACCAGCAACGCCUACUCCAGUCCCAGUGUGGUGCUGGCCUCGUACAACAACGACGGGACGCGUAACAUCCUGGAUGACUUCAGGGAAGCCUACUACUGGCUGAGGCAGAAUACAGACGAGCACGCCCGCGUCAUGUCGUGGUGGGACUACGGUUACCAGAUAGCCGGCAUGGCCAACAGGACCACGCUAGUGGAUAAUAACACGUGGAACAACAGUCAUAUAGCACUGGUGGGGAAAGCCAUGUCUUCCAACGAGAGCGCAGCCUACAAAAUCAUGAGAUCGCUGGAUGUGGACUACGUGCUGAUUAUCUUCGGAGGCGUAAUCGGUUACUCAGGAGACGAUAUAAACAAGUUCCUGUGGAUGGUGAGGAUAGCAGAGGGAGAGCACCCAAAGGACAUCAGGGAGAGCGACUACUUCACACCUCAGGGAGAGUUCAGAGUGGAUAAGGCCGGUUCACCGACUCUGCUCAACUGCCUUAUGUACAAGAUGUCCUACUACCGAUUUGGGGAAAUGCAGCUGGACUUCCGGACGCCUCCUGGUUUUGACCGAACGCGCAACGCCGAGAUCGGCAACAAGGAUAUCAAGUUCAAGCACCUGGAGGAGGCGUUCACCUCGGAGCACUGGCUGGUGAGGAUCUACAAGGUCAAGAACCUGGAGAACAGGGAGCCGCUGGACCACAAGAUUCGCAGUGUAGUGCCCAAGCAGAAGUACACCUCCAAAAAGACUGCCAAGAGGAAGCGAGGACACAUCAAGAACAAGCUCGCCCUGAGGAAAGGCAAGAAACUACAAAAAAAAUAAUGGCGACGACGAACUCUUCUAGCAAAACAAACGACUGCGAAGAAACCUCUCACAACCAAUGAAGAAGAACACAGGGGCCGUUUAUCUGGCACUUGGUCUCAAGCGCUUCUCAUUAGAGCGCCCCCGUCUGUUGAGGAAGUGUCAUAUCUGGCUAGCUCCAGCACCGUUUUAUCCUGAGGACCUUUGUCUAGCUUAUUUCCCCCCCCCAGUUUUUGUUUUUUCUGUUUUCUAGUUUUUUUUUGUUUUUUUUUACUUUGUACUUGAAUGUGUGGCGAGGCAUAGGGCUGCUCUGCUUGGUUUCGGCGUUGAUAAUUGUUUGUGGUACGUUUUGAUUAACUGCUUAUAUCAGUGUGGGUAUUGGGGGUGUGAAGGGGGGGGGAGACGAGAGAAGACUAGGAACAUUUGCACCAAAGACCCAUCGACCUUGCUCCACGGCACAUGUGAACUCAUUACUGAGAGUGAGGAGGGCGAAAGCUGAGCACUUGUUCCUGACACGUGUACAGAGGACAGUAUGCGGUAUGGAGGAACGUCACCGUCUAGGCACAGUCCAUCUGUAAAAUUAUCCUUUUUAUCAUCAUCCUCUCCUUUAUGUCUGCCUUGCUCCCUGACCUUCUUUUUCAACAAAUUCUUUAGAAAAAAAAAAAAUUGGCCUAAUAUGUAAAUAUGUUAUGUAAAGAAUAAGUCUAAAAGGAUGAUAAUAUAUUGGAUUAUUGUGGUGAUUUUUAAGUAUGCAGUUGUCAGUUUCUCUUAAUUUUUCUUUAUGUGAUUGUUUUGUUCAUUUUUUUCUUUGUAUGACAGCAAAUAGAUCAGUGAAUGCAAUAACUCUGGUACAGAGGGGCUUGAGAUUUUUGUUGGAAGAAUGAAUGUGAAUUUUUUUUACAAUGCCCCCACACCCCCUCAACACCCGCUUUUUUCAUAAACUGCAUAGAUUGUACAUUUUUGCUUCUAAAGACAGAAGCAAGCAAUGGUGUGUAAAAAGCCGUGAUAAUAAAUUAGGCCUCCCUUCCUGCAGGGGGAGCUCUCUAGUCUUUGUGUGCAAAGCCUAGUGCCUCAUCGCUGGUCACCAUCGCCUCGUUAAUUUGUGACCUUCUGCUCUCUUAGUGUUUUCUUGUUCAGCUCAUCAUGUACCAAUGCAGCGGGUUGGAUGCUUCAACCAGACUGAGGCUUUGGAAACUGGGAAGUUUCAAGACGUCUGGAAAUAGACUGGUGAACUGUGACGGGGGGUAGUUGGUACACAAGCACUGAAACUGAGAUUAGAAAAGACAACAGAGGGGAGGAAAGGUAGAAACUUCCAUCCUUGUCUGAGACGACGGUGGAUUAACGACCAUCUUCAUGGUGCUUCUGAGCUGUGUCCUAAUUCCAUACUGCAUUUAAGACUAAGUCUUAAAUGGUAUUGAGUAUGUAGUUAAGUCACCCUGUAUACUUAACACCAAUUCUCAAAUAUGUGAUUGAGCAGUAGGGCUCCACCUAACGAUUAUUUUAAUAAUUUUUUCAAUUUUAUUUUCACAAAUUGUUGUUUAAUCUGUUAAAUGUCAGUUUACCAGAGCCCAAGGUUACUACUUCAAAUGUUGUUUUGCCUGACCGACUCUUCAAAACCACCAACUAUAACAUUUAAACUGUUAAUGUUCAUAAAAAAACUGAAAAGCAGCUAUAAGAAGAUGGCACAAGCUAAAAGGUAGCAUUUUUACUAGGAAAGAUUACUUGACACGAUAAAGGGUUAUUUCCCGUUUUGAUCCUUAAGACUUCAAUUUCUGGACUUGCAGACAAAUUUAAGAAUCAGCAGAGGCCACGAUAAUCCGAUCUCUUAGUCUAUAGUAUGAGUCCAGCUACAUUAAUGCUGGAUCCUACAUUUUCCCAUGAUGCAUCCCAAUAUCAUCUCAUAAAUAGACCCUUUUAAGGGUGGCCCUUUUUAAAUUUCCGGUUCAUCGACUAAUAAUUUCAUCUCAAGUAAACAUACUAGGUGCUCAUGUCUGUAUCUCCUCCGUGGAAAAAAACUCGUAAAAAUGAAUACUAUAAUUAAUGUUUAGUGUAUUCUUGAUAAUAUUAGUAUACAAUAGUAGUAAUGGGAACCAUUAUUUUUGUUAUUGAUUUAUCGGUUGAUCGGUUCCUUUAUUAAUCAUUUUGUUCAUUAAAUAUCACAAAGAAGAAAAUGUUCCAAGCUGACCCAAAGGUAUAGCUGAGUUUUAUAUAGAAGAUGAAGGUUAACAAAUAUUUACAUUUGCAAAGAUGCAAGUAGUGAAUUUUUGGUAUUUCGGACUUGAAAAAUUAACAAUCAACUAUUAACAUGGUUGAUUAAUGGUAGUUUUUUAUCAACUAAUUUAAUUUUCAAGUCUAGUAUAUAGUAUGCAGUUGGGACACAGCUCUGAUGAGCCGUAACCUUUGACCUCUUGUUCAAUGGGCACUGCACUGUUCUUCGUCCGUCUGGGUUCUCCAGAUGUUCUAAACACUACAGGUGUUUCUGUUUGUGCACGCUUCGGUAACUUUUUCAUUUUAUUUUUUAUCAAAUAAGUGGACAGACUAACGCAUCAUACAGCCGUACUAUGUCACAUCUCACAGAAAAGUUACUUUUAUUUGUAUCACCUGUUUUUUUUUUUCUUUACACUUUUUUAAAAUAUUGUCUGAAUCGUUUUUUCUUUGAUUUCUCUGGAACUUGACUGUCACCAUUUGAAACUUCAGAACCUUUGACACAAUGCCACAUUGUUAUUCAGUCACGCAUACGCCUAAAACUGAAUCACGUCCUUCUGAUUUCCCAUUUGUCAAGAGAGGAGAGAGUUCAGACCAAGCCUUAAUGUGAUGUACAGUUUGUUGCCCUCUUAUGUUUUCAUUUUGUGUCAAUUAGGAGCGGCAGAACGGUUCCUUCCUCUAAUGAGUUUACUCAUUUCUUAGUAGCUCAGCGCCGUCUGUCCUUAACACCGUUUUUGUUUGAUGAAAUCCCUCCCUCACCUUCAAAGUUUACAUUACUACAUUCUUGUUCUGUUCAGCCAUCUUUAAAUAUACACUUUA